AUGGGUAACGCUCGUGGUCUUCGCUCUGGUACUCGCCAUGCCUUCUCGAGGGACUUCCGAAGGAAGGGUCAGAUCCCCCUCACCACUUACCUGAGGCAAUACAAGGUUGGCGAUAUCGUCGACAUCAAGGCCAACGGUGCCGUCCACAAGGGUCUUCCCUUCAAGGUCUACCACGGUAAGACCGGCGUCAUCUACAAUGUCGCCAAGUCCGCCGUCGGCAUCAUCAUCUACAAGAAGGUCAAGCACCGAUACCUCGAGAAGCGAAUCAACGUCCGCAUCGAGCACGUCCAGCCCUCGCGAUCCCGAGAGGGUUUCCUCCGCCGAGUCAAGGAGAACGAGGAGCUCCGAAAGCAGGCCAAGGCACAGGGCAAGCCCGCUCUCCUCAAGAGGCAGCCCGCCAUGCCCAGGGAGGCGCACACCCUCUCCCUCAAGGACUUCCCUCUCGAGACGAUUACCCCCGUACCCUACGAGACGACGAUUUAA